UGUUAAAAUAAAUAACAAUAAGAUCUACCCAUGGCCAGCAAACCAUGAAAUCUCUUGAGGCGUUUCUAGACACAAUACUAAUAUUGCUCAUCUUCGUUUAUCAGCCCUUCUGCUUGUCCCUCGUACUUGACUCCAUUACACCGAACAACACCGUCAAAGACGGCGACGUUUUGCUCUCCGGCCAAAAGACCUUCGCGCUCGGCUUUUUCAGCCCCGGUAAGUCCCGCUACCGGUACGUCGGAAUCUGGUACUACAAAGACCCCGAGAAAACCGCUGUGUGGGUCGCAAACAGAGACGAUCCUAUCAACGAAACUUCGGGAGUCUUGGCCAUCGACAGCAAAGGACGCCUCAUCAUUUAUGCGAAAGACCAAAACUCUCCUAUUUGGUCAGCAAAUGUCUCUGUCCCUUCGGAAAAAAGUAGUUCUAGUUUCAUAGCCAAGCUUUUAGAUGUUGGAAAUCUUGUUUUGAUAAAACAAGAUAACAGUACUGUUAUUUGGCAAAGCUUUGAUUAUCCCACGAACACCUACCUCCCUUUUAUGAAGCUCGGGUUGAACCGGAAAUCUGGACUGAACCGGUUCAUAUCAUCAUGGAAGUCUGCGGAUGAUCCAGGAACCGGGAACUGCACAUACCGGAUAGACUCAACAGGAUACCCACAGAUGUUUGCAUACAAAAAUAGGGUUCCUUUUUGGCGGGCCGGAUCUUGGACAGGUCAAAGAUGGAGCGGGGUACCCACAAUGACAAAUGGAUCGGUUGAAGCCUAUGUGAACAACCAAGAUGAGAUCAGCGUCAUGUAUGGAAUCGUCAACAAUUCAAAUUCGAUUUUCUCAAGACUUGUGAUAGAAGAAUCGGGAACAAUAAGGCGGUCAACUUGGCUCGACCAGCGUAAGGAUUGGGUCGAGUUCUGGCAUGUUCCGGAUGAUUGGUGCGACAAUUAUGGGAGCUGUGGUGGAAAUGGAAACUGUGACCCGUCAGACGCAACCCGAUUCGAGUGCAUGUGCCUGCCCGGAUUCGAGCCCCGGUCGCGUGAAAGUUGGGACUUGAGAAACGCAUCAGGUGGGUGCGUGAGAAAGGGUGGGGCACGCACAUGUGGAGAUGGUGAGGGGUUUGUGAAGGUGACACGUGUGAAAUUACCCGAUACAUCCAACGCACGUGUGGAAAUGGGAUUGAAUUUAAGAGAGUGUGAGGAGCAGUGCUUGAAGGAUUGCAAUUGCACGGCUUACACGAGUGCGGAUGAGACUAGGGACGGUGUUGGUUGCUUGUCAUGGCACGGGGAUUUGGUUGACAUAAAGACAUAUACAAAUUUAGGGCAGAAUUUAUAUAUACGAGUGGAUGCAAUUACGUUAGCUCAAUAUGCAAGGAAAUCGAAUGGUUCUAUCAACAAAAUGGGAAAGCUAGCAAUUUUGAUAUCUUUUGUUGUACUCUUUUUUCUCUUGGUUUUCAUAGCAUAUUGGUUGGCAAAGAGGAAGAGAAAAUCAGAGAGGCGAAGCAGAAAUUUGUUUGGUAACACCAAACGUGCAAAUGAUUUCUUGAAAGUGACGGAGCUUGAUGAUAGUAGAGCAGAUUCAGAUGUUCCAUUAUUUGAUAUGCAUACCAUCGUUGUAGCCACAGCCAAUUUCUCCCUUGAUAACAAACUUGGACAAGGUGGCUUUGGCUCAGUGUACAAGGGUAUGGUAUCAAAUGGGAAGGAAAUUGCAGUGAAGCGACUAUCUACUUGCUCUGGGCAAGGAAGUGCAGAGUUUAAGAAUGAAGUUCAGCUUGUUGCAAAACUACAACACAAAAACCUUGUGAAGAUUUUAGGUUGUUGCUUCCAUGAAGAAGAGAGAAUGUUAGUCUACGAGUAUUUACCAAAUAAAAGCUUGGACCGUUUCAUUUUUGAUGAAGAGAAAAAGAAAUUGUUAAAUUGGAGAAGACGCUUUGACAUAAUUUGUGGCAUUGCUCGAGGGAUCUUAUAUCUUCAUCAAGAUUCAAUACUAAGAAUCAUCCAUAGAGAUCUAAAGGCAAGCAAUGUUCUUCUAGAUGCUGCUAUGAACCCAAAAAUUUCAGAUUUCGGUUUAGCAAGAAUAUUUGGAGGAGACCAAAGUGAAGCAUGCACAAAUCGCGUGAUUAGAACAUACCAACAUGCGUUAAAUUUGUGGAGAGAAGGCAGAGCCUCCGAAGUAGUGGAUCCGUUUUUGGACGAGGCAUUUGUUGAUGAAGCUUUGAGAUGCAUCCAAAUUGGUCUGCUGAGCGUGCAAGAACAUGCGAAGGAUCGACCAACCAUGUCGGCAGUUGUUUUGAUGUUGGGAAAUGAUUCAGCUCUUCUCUCCCCAAAACAACCUGCAUUUAUCCUUAAUAGACGUUGGGUUGGUACUGGAGACUUGGCAUCUAGUGAAGGUGUUAAUUACUCUAUAAACUUUGUGACAUGUACUAUGGUGGAGGCUCGCUGAAUUUGUAGAAUUAUA